AACCUAACCUCAGAAACAUAACCUCACUUUGUUCACGCAGCUGACAGCGCUUUUGGCGCGAAUCGAAAGUAAGCCUGAGUAAACGUGUCGUGUCGUGAAUCUGUAUCAACAACGAUGACAUUUUUGGUUGCAAUAUAUUAAAAUUAGGACUAUAUAAUUUUUUUAAUGUCGUUUUGAAACUUUGUCAAUCAUGGCGGAAGUUAAUAUCAAUGGGGUUAUUGUCACUUUUCCAUUUAAACCUUAUAAAGUGCAGGAGGAUUACAUGUCCAAGGUGAUAGAAUGUCUUCAGAAUGGCAAACACGGUGUUUUAGAAUCUCCAACUGGCACUGGAAAGACUUUGUGUCUAUUAUGUUCCUCCCUAAGUUGGCUUCUAGUCCGAAAGGCACAAAUUCAAGCCCAGUCUCUUAUCGGUUCCGCCGAAAAAACGGAAACGAAUUAUUUCGCACAAAAAUUAGCAGGCGAUUUGGAGAUGGCAGGAGGAUCCUCGAAUGUCCCGGAACCAAAUCAAGCCUUAAAUUUUGGAUGGGGCAUGCCGAAAAUUAUUUAUGCCUCGAGAACACACUCUCAACUUUCGCAAGCAAUGCAGGAAUUAAAAAGAACGUCUUAUAAACACGUUAAAGUCGCAGUUUUGGGAUCUAGGGAUCAACUUUGCAUUCAUCCGGAAGUUAUGAAGGAACAUAACACUUCUAACAAAAUUCACAUGUGUCAAGUGAAAGUCAGAGCGAGGACUUGUCAUUUUUAUAAUAACAUCGAAUCGAGAAAAGACGAUCCGAUCUUUACCCAAGAAAUUCUAGACAUCGAGGAUUUAGUAAAAGCGGGUCAAAAGGCAAAGUGCUGUCCCUAUUUUUUGUCGAGAGAAAUUAAACAAAAAGCGGAUAUUACUUUCAUGCCCUAUAAUUACUUGCUCGAUCCAAAAUCGAGAAGAUCUCAAGGAAUCGAACUGCAGAAUAGUGUAAUUUUAUUGGAUGAGGCACAUAAUGUUGAAAAAACUUGCGAGGAAGCUGCAUCAUUACAGAUUAGCAGUACAGACGUCGCCCUUUGUAUCGACGAAGUGACUUCAGUAAUGAAAGACAUGUCAAACGAAAUGAGUGAAAAUGAUUUUUCGAUGGAUUCCCCGAGUGUUGUCCCAAAAGAUUUUUCCGCGGAGGAUCUUUGUAUUUUGAAAGCCAUGUUUCUUGAACUCGAAAAGGCGAUUGAUGAUAUAAAAUUGGACAAAGGAAACGAUGGAAAAACUUUUCCUGGUGGCUACAUUUUUGAUCUUUUGGAAAAAGCGGAUCUCACUCACGGUAAAGAGCAAUUAGUGAUUGAAAAACUGGACAAAAUAAUUCAGUAUCUCUCGACGACGAGUACUUCGCCUUUUGCGAGAAAAGGAAACGCCUUGCAAAAAUUUAACGAUUUAUUAAGAGUCGCCUUCGUUGGGGGCGCUUCGACUCAAAAACAUCGGGAGAGAAUUAAGCAAUGUUAUAAAGUUUACGUUCAGAUGGAGGAACAGAAAAAGGGUUCUAAAAAGGACGGUUGGGAGAAGAAAAUUAUUACGAAGAGUGAGGGAAAAUUGAUUAGUUAUUGGUGUUUCAGUCCAGGUUUCGGGAUGCAACAGUUGAUAGAACAAGGAGUUCGUUCAGUAAUUUUAACAAGCGGAACUCUUUCUCCCCUUAAACCUUUCAUUUCUGAACUCGGAAUUCCCAUCGAUGUCCAGUUAGAAAAUCCCCAUAUCGUUACAGGAAAACAAGUUUGUGUUGGAGUUCUUGCUAAUGGACCGGAUGGCCAUCAACUUAAUUCUUCAUAUAAUACAAGGAGUGAUCCAAGGUAUAUCGCUUCUUUAGGACAAACGGUUUACAACUUUAGUAUCUUAAUUCCGAACGGAUUGCUCGUUUUUUUCCCGUCUUAUCCCAUCAUGAAAAAAUGCCAGGAGGAUUGGCAAAUGUCGGGACUCUGGACAAAAAUCAUGGAUCGCAAGCAAAUAUAUGUCGAGCCACAAUCAAAGGAAACAUUUAUAACAACAAUGAAUGACUACUACGAAAAAAUAAGAGAUCCUUCCGCCAAGGGAGCGAUUUUUAUGGCAGUUUGUAGAGGAAAAGUUAGCGAGGGUUUGGAUUUUGCGGAUAUGAAUGGCAGAGCUGUGUUGAUUACUGGUCUACCAUAUCCGCCAAUGAAGGAUCCGAGAGUUAUUUUGAAGCAGAGGUACUUGGAAGAGAACAAAUCGAAAGAUAGUCAAAACCUGAAUGGUCAACAGUGGUACCAACUUGAAGCCUCGAGAGCUGUGAAUCAGGCAAUCGGACGAAUUAUUCGACACAAAGACGAUUAUGGUGCGAUAAUUCUUUGCGAUUGUCGAUUCGACACUGCCCAGUUCAAAAGUCAAGUUUCCGCCUGGCUGCGACCUCAUAUCAAAAAAUUCACGGGCUUCGGAAUGGUCGUGAAGGAAUUGAAAGAAUUCUUCCGUUACACAGACCUGUCGUUACCACAACCGAAAAUGAAAAACAUGGCUCGUGGAAGUAGCGAAAUGUCCUUGCCUGCAGUUGCCGCACAAUUUAAUUUCGUUUCCAAAUCACAAUCGAAACCACAAAUGUCAAUUCAACCAAUCCAGAAAGUAGAGGUUUUCGAUUCUAAUUCUUACAUUGAAAAGAGUAAGUCCGUUUCAACAGAAACGAGGGCAGAGGUGAAAGACCCUUUUUUGGAAACGAAAGCAGUGCCUGUGAUUAAUUUGAAAAAUUGUAAACUGGAGAAUAACAAAAGCACAUGUGAGUUGUUAAAACCAAUUCCGGAGGCACCUUCGAGAAAGAGGAAAUUUAGGGUAGAUGUCAAGGAUUUUGAACCGAUCGAUUUUGAACCGACAAAUCCUGAACCUUCGACUUCUGGUUGUUCGAGUUUAAAUUUAUCGAAAAGUUUCGAAGAAAAAUCGCCGAAGAGAAGUUCCGCUGAAUUUAAAACGAAUGGAGCUGAUGGAAAUUUACAGAUGCCAGAUCAAGCGCUUCAAAAAAGGGAAAUGGGAGAAGUGUACCUGAAAUUGGUGAAGAAAAAAUUGAGUCGAGAAAAGUACAAACUAUUCGGUCAAAUGAUUCGCGAUUAUACGAACGAAAAAAAUUUUGAAAAACUUUUAGAUACACUUAUCGAACUUUAUUGUACAGAGGAGAGUUUACUGCCUCUUUUCGUAGGAUUCCGAUCGUUUGUCAAAAAGGAACACGUCGAAAUGUUCGAUGCUCAAGUGAAACUCCUGGGAAUUUCGUAUUCCGAAAUGCUAAAUCGCGAAUCAUUUAAGUAAAUUCGGAACGUUUUUAGGUACCUAAAUAAACUUUUAUUUAUAUUAUUGAAAAAUUGUCUGAUCGAAAAGGGAUAAAAUAAUCUUUUUUUUCUCGAUAAAAUGACCAAAUAUUUCUAAUCUAAUUUAUUACAAUCAUUUUGCAAUGUACAAAAAUUGUUUAUUAAGUACCAAGUACUUGAUAAAUUAAAAGUUGUUAUUCCACAAUCUUGUCAUACGAAUACAACAUUUCCAGUCGAGAAUUUUCUAGGCUGAUUUUUAUAAAAGAAAUGCUUUUUCAUUUACGAAAAUGACCAAAAUAUUUUCAUUUCCUGUUUUUCAAAAAAAAGGGGGAAAAAAAUUGAAGGUCUUUCUCUGAUGAAAAUUAGAGUAAAAAUGCCGAGAACUAUUGCUAAAUUAAUAAUACCACAUCUAUUUUGUAAAUAACUCAUUACUAGAGUACUUGUUAGUGCGUAUAAUAAAUAAAACCUAUUUUA